GUUGUCGACGCGUCGCCCGCGCACGGCAGCAUAGCGCUAGAGCCAUCGCCAGAGCAUUCGCCCAUCUCCACGGUGAGUCCGCGAGCUCGGGCCCUUUUAGUAAGAACUUCAUCUCGGAACCGAACGGUUGGUCGAACGGUUGGAAGAAAUCGUCCCGGGUACCGGAACGACCCACUGCUAUUCCGCUCGUCGCGUAGAAACCGUCUUAUUGUGCGUGUGCGUGUGUAUGUCGGUCGUGUACGUGUGCGUAUGUGUACCAUAGUGCGUGUGCGCUGCGGCAAAACUGGUGAAUAUGUUUUUUUUGUUGUUGGCUGAGAUGGAUUGCUUAGUGAAGUGUAGAAAGUGAGUGGAAAAUUAGCAUCCACAAAAAUACAGUCGAAUACCCGGCGACACCGGGUACGUUGGCAAGGAACACAUCCCUCUUACAGGAUUAGCCCUAGAAGAAGCACAACCCCCCAACCCUGUGAAGUGCACAAGUGUAUCCGUGUAAGUGUGCGUUUGUGUGUGCGUGUAUGAAUCGUGAAGGUGUCAAAUUUCAUUAUCAGCAUCCCCCGGGAGGCAAGGAAUUACACCGAUGGCUACUGUGUGCGGUGGAUUGUUCUGGCGGCAGCAUGAAAUAGUGGUUGUGAAAGAAAUGCGCUGAAAGAAACAGUGUGGCGUUUUAUGGAAAGGCCCAACCCCCUUUCAACCCCCGUUUAAGGCCAUCAGCAUCAUCGGUCGUGGUGUAAUUUAUAGUAAAGCGAAAGCAGAAAAGUGACAUGAAAUAUGGUGGUGCAGUGUGAAAUGAUUUGCACGCAAAUGGAUGCCCGACGGUAACAACUGCCGUGUGGUGUGUUUGUGUGUUAAUGUUGAUUGUCAUUUAUUUUGUGGCUUAAACUGUGCCCGUUUGUAGAACGAAGCGAGUUUUUGGGCAAGGGUUCGCCAUAUAUAUUGCCGGUGAACAGGAGGGCCAAUCCCCCCCGCCAUAAUCGGCUGUAGUGUAUCGUCUGUGUGUGUGUGUGUGUUGAUUUUGUUCUAUUAAUCAUCAGGAUAUAUAGUCAAUAUUGCUUCUUCCGGUUGUAAACAUCGAAUUUUUAGAUAGGAAUACCAAAAUGAAUCUACAAACGCUGUUGAUAAGACUUUUAACACCAAUUCUAACAGUAAUCCCCAUGCUGCUGUGCAACGCUCAGCAGAAGUUCCGCAUCGUGCCGAGGGAUCUGCAGGUGCUGGAAGGCACGGAGGCAUUGCUUCGGUGCGAGAUCUACAAUCUAGUCGGUGCUGUGCAGUGGACAAAGGAUGGCUUUGCGCUCGGAUUUUCCCACACCAUACCGGGGUACCCGCGGUACUCGGUGCUGGCCGAUCGGAAUCUCGGCAUCUACAAUCUGCGAAUAUCGAACGCAUCGAUCGAGGACGAUGCCGAAUACCAGUGCCAAGUCGGACCGGCGAAAUUCAACUCAGCCAUCCGUGCCAAUGCUCGACUCACCGUAAUAUCACCUCCAUCGUCGAUCGAGAUACAGGGUUACAGCCGGAACGCUAAGGUGGAAGUACGAGAAGGUCAGGAUCUAACGCUGACCUGCGUAGUGUCAAAUGCAAAACCGGUCGCCCAGAUUGUGUGGUACCGGGGCAAAACGGAGUACAAAUCGGAUACAGUCGAGAACAAGAUGACGGAAACGGAGGGCAAACGGUACACGUUGACGUCGCAGCUACGAAUCAAACCAACCUCCGAGGACGACUACAUGGAGUACACCUGCCAGGCAAAACACAAAGCCCUGCAACCGGAUCGCCCGAUGCAGACAAAGGUUCAGCUGUCGGUGUUGUAUCCACCUGGAGAGCCCCACAUUGAAGGCUUCACGACUGGGGAGGUACUGCGACGUGGACAAAAUGUGGAGCUUAUCUGUAGGAGCCGGGGUGGAAAUCCACCAGCACAGCUGAUCUGGUACAAGAACGACGUACAGGUCCGGAUGGCGUACCGGACGACGGAUCGGUUGUCGGAAAAUAUUUACUCGUUCGUGGCCGAGGAAGGUGACAAUAAGGCUCGGUUACGCUGUGAGGCUAACAAUGUAAUGAUCCCGGCACCGCUCAAAACCGAAAUCACUCUUAGCGUUUUGUUCGCACCAACUCAGGUUAUCAUUUCGGGUGCAUCGGAGGCACGCACCGGAGAUGUGGUAUCGCUACAGUGCCAAACUGCCCCAUCAAACCCACCGGCCGAGAUCAAGUGGAGUGUUGGUGGGCAUCAUAUAAAGAACACCACUUCCCGGACCAUCGAGAAUCCUGAUGGAGGAUGGAUUACACUCUCUAACAUCUCUGUACCGGUGGAAGCCAACAAACGAUCGCUGGUGGUGAUCUGUCAUGGACUGAAUAUGCAGCUGACGGAGAAUGUUGUUGCAACGCAUACUGUGAACGUAUUGUUGCCACCAAACCAACCGCUCAUUACGGGCUACACGGAGGGAACAAUAAUAGCGGCCGGUUCGGUCCAACGGCUUCAGUGUACGUCGACCGGUGGCAACCCAUUGGCAACGCUAACCUGGUACAAAAACGAUAAAAAGCUUAACUCACCCACCAAAUCAACGGAAAAGUCGGUUUCAUCGGAAAUCUCGAUACUGGUCAAUGCGACGGAUAAUCAGGCAAAGUAUCGCUGUGAAGCGCACAAUUCUGCCACUGAAAUACCGAUGUCGGCCAGCAGAACCCUUGCCGUUAACUUUCCACCCGAGACGGUUAAAAUCAAAAUCAUACCACCGGAGCUUAAGCCCGGUAUCGAGGCGACGCUGAUCUGUGACUCAAGCUCCAGUAAUCCGCCCGCAACGAUUUCGUGGUGGCGCGAUGGCAUCGCAGUCGACGGUAUGAACAACUCGUCGAAACCGGGCCUGUGGGGAGGUUAUGUUUCGUCGCUCGAGCUAAAAGUGAACAUCAGCCAGGACAUGGAUGGCAAUGUGUACACGUGCCAAAGUGCCAACGAAGCACUGCAGCGCAACGUACACGAAGCCAUCAAGCUGCAGGUGCUAUAUCCACCAAAAUUCAAACCACCACCCUCGUCCACUGUGGUCGGUGCGGAAGGUGAACCGCUAACCGUGGCCAUGGUAGCGACCGGGAACCCGAUGUCCAUAUCGUACACCUGGACCAAGGAUGGUCUACCGAUCCAUUCUGCUACAGGUGCGCAACGAAUCGUCUCCGAGGGACCAAUCCUGAACAUCACCCGGCUCAACCGUAACGAUACCGGCAUCUACACUUGCGAAGCUGUCAACUCCCAAGGGUCGGCGAUGAUUAAUAUUUCCGUCGUAGUUGAGUAUGGUGCAUCGAUACAGUCAAUAUCGGAGAACGUUACUGUCAGCCCUGGUGAAGAGGCAAUGCUUUCCUGUACGGUCGAAGGAAAACCACUAACGGAAGAACACAUACGCUGGGAACGUAUCGGGUACGAUAUGACCAUCAAAACGUCCACCACAUUCGCGAACGGUACGAGCUAUCUGCAUGUGAAAAACGCGCGCCGCGAGGAUGUGGGCAAUUUCCGCUGCAUUGCCGAUAAUCGUGUUGCCAAUCCGACCAGCCGGGAUGUGUUAUUAAUUGUGAAAUUCGCACCGGAAAUCGACAAAUCGCCUGUAAUGUUACGUGCGGCAGCCGGUUUUGGGGAACGGGCACGGUUACCGUGCCGGGCACAGGCUGCACCACGGCCCAAAUUCUACUGGUCCCGGUCCGGGCAGGUGCUGAACGUGAAUCAGUCCGCAAAGUUCUACGUCGAGCACAAGCAGAUUGAUGCGCUGACGUACGAAUCGAUACUGGUCGUCGAGCGGGUCGCAUCGAACGAUUACGGUCUGUACGAAUGUAUCGCCCGGAACGAGCUGGGCAAUGUGAAGGAAAAGGUACGGUUAGAUGUGACCUCACCACCGGAUCCGCCGGUUAGCUUAAACGUCCUGAACGUGACACACGACUCGGUGACGCUUGCCUGGACGCCCGGUUUCGAUGGUGGCAUGAAGGCGAACUACCGCAUCCGGUACCGGGAGGUGAACAGCGAUCGUUACUGGUACGAGGACAGUCAACCAAACUCGUACAAACUAACAGUCGGUGGACUACGCAUGAACACGCUGUACGUCUUUUCGAUUAUGGCAUCGAACGGGCUCGGUUCCAGCCGCUAUCUGCCCGAUGUGACGCGCGCCCACACGAAAGACACACCGCCUUCACAGCCAGCCUCUUCGCUCGGAAGCAAAACGGCCACGGCACAAUCGACCGGUGGUACAAUCGGUGCAUCCGGUAUCGUCCUGCUAAUCGGCGUCGCUGCCGGUAUCUGUCUCGUGCUGCUCAACAUCAUCCUGAUUGGAUGCUGCAUUCAUCGGCGCACUGUUCACAAACGCAUCAAGCGGGGCGAAACGCUGUCUAGUGUCUCGGAAAAGAGUGACGCUUACUCAACCGACGCUAAUCGUCCCGACUAUACGGAUGACACUACCAGCAAAUCUGCUUCGACAUAUCUCGUGGAAAAUGGGGACAUGCCGCCACCACGCUACCAAAAGGAAGGCACCUUACCCCCGUAUCCUAACAAUAUCAAUGGAGCUUAUGCGCGUACCUUGCCACAUCCACGGCACAAUCCUGUGAACUAUCAGCAGCGAAGCCACGAUGAUCAAAUGAUCGAACGCAGCAGCUACGUAACAGCUCCGUCCCCUGGGCCACCGUUUGAUGGGUCCUAUUACAACAUGAACAGCGAUCGCUAUCUGUCCUACCCUCCGAUGCAAGACUAUUCGGCAAUGGAGAUGUCGACACCGCCACCACCAGUAAUACCGGCACUGCCCAAAAACACUGGCACGCUAACACGUACGACCCGUCCGAUGGUACCGCCACCGGACGUCACCUACCACGCCCAGUCGGUAGUGAACGAAAGCUCCUCAUCGCCCCAGCACAUGAGCAGCAGUCUGAGCAACACGGUCCUCGGUAGCGGUGUACCAUCGCAAGCACCCGUACCGGCACCGAAACCUCUGCAGGGCAUCCUGAAGGAUCCGAAGCGUAACAGCAGUGCCAGCAACAGUAGCCAACAUCAGCAGCUACAGCACGGUGCGCAGCUGAUUGCGGUCCAGAAUCCUUCGCCGGUACCGCUGGUAGGUGGUGUGCCAGGACUACCGUUGGUGGGCAGUACCUUCCUCGGGACGGCCGCUGGUAAUGCGUCGAACGUAGCUACCGGAGGAUCGAGCAGUUUGGGCAACAGCUUACUGAUCGGCACGUACGAUCCGAGCAGUACGAACCUGAGCUCCUUCAAUGCAUCGUUCGGAUUCACCGACGCCGAUGGGCACCUGGUGUAAACGAGCUGCAGUGACUCCUUAUUGCCAAAAUGGGUGCAGAUGUAAUUUUCUCAAGAAUAAGAAGCGUAUUAGAACGCUGUGUUGACUGUGAUAAAACUUUGCUAGCAUAAUGUGUAAUUACGGAAGAAAAAGGAUCUAGAAGAUGAAUGGCCGUUAGCUGUUAGCAGUGAGCUUUACUGGCGCUGGGAAGCAUAUUGAUGGACGGAACGAUGCGGUACGCAAGGAGGAUCGUCCACAACCGAACCAGGCCAAAGCAGGUGUACCGGAGGUCAUGCUGUAAGUAGCACGUUUUUAUUGAUACAUCUAGUGAAGCUGGUCCUGGCACGGUGUCGGGUUCACUCUUUAAAAAAACCGCCGCUAUGCUGUAACCGUUUUGAUCUAGAAAAUCCAAUUUACGUUGCUCGGUUGUGAGAGAGAGAGAGAGAGAGAUACAGAGAGGAAAUACAUCGCUAUAAAAGAAAGGAAAAACUUCAUUAAAGCCGCUGUAAGUACUCUAAUUAAAACAAAACAACAACAAAAAAUACAUUAAACGAUAAAGACAAGCAAAACAAAACAAAUCAAGAAUCUCAAAAUGCUGCACACCGCGCACUGGUUGUGUAGCGCUAAUAUACAUACAUCUAUAAAUAUAUAAAUAUAUAUACAUAUUCACACUUUAAAAGGUUCAUAUUCAUAUAUUAUAUAAAUAAAACACGAAACCGCAUGAAGGGCGUAGCGGGGGUGGAAUGCAAAAGAGACCUAAAGCUGGUAUGUUGAUGCAUACGGUUAGUUCGUUAUGCGCUAAAAGUCAAUACGGAAGCCAUUUGCCGCAAAAAAGCGGCAACGGUAGCUCAUUAAGUCACUCACGCAUCAUUGCUUGUGUGGAAGCGUUCUUUUUACAGACGGAUAAUCAAAACCGGCGAACAAAACAAAAUAAUAAAGAAAAAGGAAACACAAACACACAAGAGCUAGCAUCCAAAACAAUGUUAUAAAAUCAAUAAACGAAAAACCAUAACAGUGAAAAAUGUAACAAUCGAAAAGAAAAUAGCUAAAAGUAGCCAGCCAAAUAGUGUUUGAUAAGAAGAAUUAAAAAAAUCAACAAACAAAAAGGGCAAACGAGAGCUAACUUGGUAAGGUAACAAGAUAACGCAGUGUACAAAGAAACAUAAAUCAAAUUAAACAGGUUCGGUAAGGAUGUAUAAAUACAGUAAGCAAGGGUGAGCAAAGCGCGUGAAAGGCUCGUUACAAAAUAAGAAGCGCGAGAAAAGAUAAGUAUAAUAAUAACAAAAGCGUUUAGCGUGUAAGAUGCAAAGAGGAAACAAAAGAAGAGUAAACGAGAACAAAAAACAAACAGAACAAAAAACAAACAACUCUCUAAAACACAACACACAAAACAUCCAGUACUGAUUAAUACUUAUGAAGCUAAGUCUAAUUUUUAAAAUUAAAACCCGGUAGCUAAACACUACUGAGCUAGUAAAAUUUGCAAACAUUGUAAAGUCGAAUGCAGUAAACAAAACGAAUCUCUGAUACCGAAUUAAAUACUCACUCAUCGUUAAAAACGGCUCGCAGGCGGCAAAGCAGAUGAACAAAUGAACAUAUUAAAAAAAACUAAAAACAGGCGGACACAAUGUCUUUGCUUGCUUGUACUUUGCCGGUUUUGUCGAGUGCGAUAUUUGCUAACGUAAUACUUUUAAUUUAUUUUACACCACUCCCCCGUAUCGUUGUACAAUAACUAGUUACUAAAUGCGUACCUCUACGUUCGUAUGCCGUUUCGUUGAUAGUGAAUUGAGUUUUAACAGGGGCGAUGUAUUGUCAAAGCUCAUGAUUAUUAGUAAUAUUAUAAUUUUAAUUAUUACUAUUGUAAUUAAGAUUUACAAUCACCAGUUUUACCGCUCUGAUCUGAUCUGAAAGAAUCCAUAACCAAAGGAAAAAAAAACAACAACCCAGUGGACAGUGUCCAUGCCAGGCACCGGCACCAUGUAACAGGUAAAACAAUAUAACAAAACAAAAUUACUUAUAAACCCCAGGGGAAAAUGGGGAAAAUGGCGCCCGUGUACGGCAUAUGACACACUUGACACAUCGACGCAUCUUCUUUAUGUCUAGGGCAUGUUUAGGAUAUCUGUUCACGGUUACGAAUGCAGCGGUAGGAAGGGGAAGAGAAAGAGGGAGGGGGAAGAAGAAGGGGUUUAGUGAAAUAGUUUUUAUUUUCUACUUCAGGUAGUAAUGAGUAAGCAUUUAAAAUAAGUUAAUAAACUUCGAGAUUUUAUAAUUAAAUCAGCAUGACCAUGAAAA